AUGUCAGCCACUCCAUCUCCUUCAACAUUCUUCUUGGAGAUCCCCCCCGACUCCGUGUCAUCCUAUCACUAUUCCUAUCACGCAGGUGAUGCGAUUCAAGGCUCCAUCUCUGUCAGAUCGGAGAACGACCUCCACUUCCAGUCUUUAGAUAUCUUCCUCAUAGGCGAAGAAUCCACCUCGCGACACGAUCGAAAUCCCCGCCAAUUCCACCACGAGCAGUGUCUAGUGCCAGCCACCGCACUACCACCGUCAAACAUAAUCAAAAAGAACCAAAAGUACUUCUUCCGCUUCGCUUUCCAAGUCCCCGACACUCUCUCCCCAACAUCCUGCACCCACCCCGUGGAAGAUGACCUCACCCGCCAAUUCCACCUGCAAGCCCCUCCAAGCUUCGGUGACCCGGACGUCGCCGGUUUCGGCGGCAAACUACGAAACGACUACGCGCCCUCAAAUUGCAGAAUUGUAUAUACAAUUCAAGCCAGACUCACCCGUCAAAGUCUAGCUACCGAAAGGACAUCAGCAUCAACAUCCGCAGAUAGCGAAAUAGCAGAACCCACCCACCCUCAACAAACAAUCGACAUCUACCAACGAAUCCCCAACUCAAACCCACUCUCCAAACCAAAAUCAAAGACAAAGACCAAAAUCGGCCAACUAACAACAACAAUCAUCGCGCCACCCUACUUCGACAUCCCCGUCCGCGAAACAGACGCCUCCGUCCGCCAGGCAAUAAGACUAAACCUCCACUUCGAGAGAGAGCGAGGGCCUAAUCCAAACCAAGAUGAUGAUCAAAACACUAGUACGAGUACCACUGGCACUGCCACAGACUCGAACUUGACGACGACAUCCCUCCCACAAAUCCAAUCCCUCCGCGGAAGCGUAGUAGCAAAUACAUUCUUCACAAAAAAGCCGAAUACCAGCCUACCGCGGAAAAAACGAGACAGACUCGGUACGAAAUUGAAUUAUGCCGAGAAAGUCCUUACGGAAUUCACGCACUCGAUUACUUCGUUGCAGUGGGCUGGUGAGAAUCAUACCAACAAUGGCCCAAGCCCAAACUCAAGCCAAUCCACUCAAAUCGAAUCCGAAUUCGCGUCCGCAUCGCCAGUCCAGACACACACACAGUCCUUCGUAUCAACACUCCUAGUCCCCGUCAAACUAGCCCACCAAUUCAUAAUACCCACCUUCCACUCCUGCCGAAUCUCACGCACAUACACGCUCGUCCUGCGGUUAAAGGUGCAGGGUGCGGCGACUGUUGAGAUUGCGGCUCCGAUGAUUAUGGUUCCUUCGAUGGAAUUUGGGCCUGGGUUUAUGCUGGGAAUGGGUGCGUUAAGUCCACCGCCUUAUUCGUUUGCGCGGAGUCCGACGGGGAGUAUUACUAGUACUUUGUUUGAUGGGGUGGGCGUUAUUGAGGGGGUUGAGCGGGAGGGGGGAGGGAGGGAUUGA